AUGGCGGGUGGAAAGGUGCGAUACAUGCCUCUCAACCCGCCCAAGAGUGGAAAUCACACCACGUCUUCGUCAGCCGACUGGAUUGUGGACAUGGAGAAAUUGCGAGACACAAUCAGUCCACGAACUCGAAUGAUCGUCAUCAACACUCCUCACAAUCCGGUGGGGAAAGUGUUCUCUCGCAGCGAACUCGAGGAAAUCAGCCAGCUUUGCGUUGAGAAUAACAUCAUCAUACUGUCCGACGAGGUGUACGAUAGUCUUCACUACGUCCCUGUUACACGCGUCGCCACUCUUUCGCAGCAAGUUCGCGACUUGACGCUCACUGUCGGUUCGGCUGGGAAAAGCUUCUACGCGACAGGCUGGAGGAUCGGUUUCCUCAUCGGCCCCCAGCACCUCAUCAAACACGUGAGCGCCGCACACACUAGAGUGUGUUACUCGAGCCCAAGCCCGUUGCAGGAGGCUUGUGCUACCGGCUAUGCGCUGGCGGGGGGGAAUGGAUUUUGGCAGGAGUCGCGCAGCAGCAUGCAAGGUAAGAUCAAGCGGUUCAUCGAGGUUUGCGACGAGCUUGGAUUGCCAUACUCCGAUCCGAAGGGCGGCUAUUUCGUCUUGGUCAACUUUUCAAAGGUCAAGAUCCCCGACUCAUAUGAAUUUCCGGCACAUGUCGCUUCCCGCCCUCGAGACUUCAAGUUGAGUUGGUUUCUUAUCAUGGAGCUGGGAAUCGCAGCUAUACCUCCUACUGAGUUUUAUCUUCCGCAUAAUGCAUCUUUGGCGGAGAAUUAUUUGAGAUUCGCAAUCUGUAAGGAGGAUUCGGUGUUGGAAGAUGCAAAAGAGCGUCUGCGUGGUCUGAAGAAGUAUAUUAAUCCGUAG